CCAACCGCCUGCCUCAUUCGUUACUUUCCUUAUCAGCACUCGGUGUCACGAGCGGUCACACAGCCAGACAACCUUAGAUAGAGGUCAGCUGUGUCCGUCGGCGGCGUCUCUUCUCCUAUUAGGAGUUCAUUUGGCGAAUGCGCUCAUUACUUCUUGCUGGCUCAAUCGACCGUCAUUCGCUCUUCAGCCAUCGAAUCAUCAUCGCUUGUCGGGCCAUUGCGGCGUCGGAUAUCAGCGGAGCUCGAGGUCCCAAGGCAUACAAUAGACGCUGACUCGAGGCAUGAGAUAACCGUUAUACAUACGCUACGCUAUAUCAACCGUCAUGUCGACUCCUAGCAGAAACCUACCGCCUCCCAUAGAGCGACGCUUGUCAUCAUCGCCCGGCUCGUUCCGUGGCCGGUCCUUCGAUCGCGCCGAGUCCACCGCGCGUCUCGCCUCACCCCUAGCACUUGGCACGUCCCCGACACUCAAGCCGCCAUUAUCGACCGGUGACGACGCUGGUUCCAGUAGCUUGAGCCCUCUUCCCGGCCCCGGGUCUCAUGCUGCAGGUCCCGGCGUGUCCGCCCUUGCCGCCGCUCUGUCAAACUCCCUAGGUGCCUCACCGCCGCGAUUCGGCACCCCGCCUCGAGCAGCUUCUCCAGCUUUGGCAGCACUCAAUGUUCCGGGCUCGGGAACGCCUACGAACUAUGGCUCGUUCGAUGGGAGGAGACAGUGGGCAAGUGGCGCGUACGAGGAUCCGGAGAUUGUCAAGAGGCAUCUGGUCCAGCCCGGUGACGGGACUCCGGACGACGGGCCCAGGAAAGUCAGCAACAAUGGAGCCAAAGGCAAACAACCCGCCGGCACAUUGGACGACGAAUUCUCGAGUUUGAAGUUACAAGGCGGCGACAUCACGCGACCGAUUUACAAGUGGACAGAGGAAGCGGACCAGCGAAGCAGGAUGCAGCGCAGCAAGAGCUUCAGCGUCCCAAGACCGGAACCCGAGAAUGAAGAGCUCGACAUCAACACUAUCAAGGUUCCCGGUGGCUUUAGGCGCAAUUUCAUACGGCGGACGGCUAGGGAUCCGGACGAGUUGGAGAAUGGCUCCGGCUCAAGCCAACACCACCACACGCAACCUCGACUAUUCACGAACAGUUUUCUCGAGUUUCUCACUCUAUAUGGCCACUUCGCUGGCGAAGAGCUCGAAGAAGACGACGAAGCCUUGAAGCCUGGCGAGUAUUUUACGUCCGGUAGCGAGGCCGAGGAGUACGAGUAUUCGGACGAGGAGCCGAUGGAAGAGAGUGCACUACUGACCCCAUCACGACGUGGAAGGAGGAGGAAGGAGCGCGGUGGGAGCGGCCGGAACAGCCCAAUGUCUGCCGCGCUACUUCUGCUCAAGUCCUUCGUCGGAACCGGCGUCUUAUUCCUGCCCCGGGCGUACCUCAAUGGCGGUAUGCUUUUCAGUAACCUGGUCCUGCUUGGUGUAGCGGCCUUGAGCUAUUAUUGCUUUGUUCUCCUCGUCACGACUAGGCUGAAGGUCGAGGGGUCUUUUGGUGAUAUAGGCGGCAUCCUCUACGGCAAGUGGAUGAGGGCGCUAAUCUUGACCUCCAUCGUCAUCAGCCAGCUGGGAUUCGUUGCGGCGUACAUUGUCUUCACCUCGGAGAACCUUCAAGCCUUCAUCCUAGCGGUCACCAACUGCCAAACCUUCAUACCCAUCACAUGGCUCAUCAUCCUCCAGAUGGUUAUCUUCCUGCCCUUCUCCCUCCUGCGCGACAUCGGGAAGCUGGGGUUCACCGCCCUCAUCGCCGAUGCCUUCAUCGUCAUCGGCCUGGCCUACCUGUUCUACUACGACAUUCUCACGCUCAACACGCAGGGGCUCGCAGACAUUGUCAUGUUCAACCAAAAGGACUGGACGCUCUUCAUCGGCACGGCCAUCUUCACGUUUGAAGGCAUCGGCCUGAUCAUCCCCAUACAGGAAUCCAUGCGGCAGCCGCAGAAAUUCCCCAAGGUCAUGUUCGCCGUCAUGAUCAUCAUCACCACGCUUUUCACCGUCAUGGGCGCCUUUUCGUACGCGGCCUACGGCUCCAAGACGGAGACGGUUGUGCUACUCAACCUGCCGCAGGACGACAAGCUCGUCAACGGCGUCCAGUUCCUCUACUCGCUGGCCAUCCUGCUGUCCACGCCGCUGCAGAUCUUCCCGGCCAUCAGGAUCACCGAGAACGCCCUGUUUACUAAGAGCGGCAAGUACAACCCGUACAUCAAGUGGCAGAAGAAUGUGUACCGGUUCUUCGUGGUGGCACUCUGCGCGCUGGUUGCUUGGGGAGGCGCGGAUAACUUGGAUAAGUUUGUUGCGCUCGUCGGGAACUUUGCCUGUAUCCCGCUGGUGUACAUCUAUCCGCCGAUGCUGCACUACAAGGCAGUUGCCAAGAGUGCCGUGCGCAGGUGGUCGGACGUACUGCUCUGCAUCUUUGGGUUCAUCGCAAUGGCGUACACAACAAGCUUGACGGUGAUGAGCUGGGCGAAUGAUUCCGGCGGCGGAGGCUUGCCUAGCCACUGUGAUGCCAUUGGACAUUGAACGUAGCACAUCGGGCUCCUUUCUCUUUUGUCGUCUUUUGAGAUAAAGUAGCAUUAUUGGGUGUCGGACGCGUACGGGCAUUACAUUUGCAUGGCGUGCGGUUUGAAGGCAGUGCUGGUUCAGCCAGUGCCUAAAUCAUUAGAUAGUACAUAUAUUGGAGAGAAGUUAGAGGAAUCGGACAGUCAUGGUAGAAGAUGAUCAUCAGAUAGGUACUCGAUACAUCUCAGACUCGAGAUCGGGGCUUGCAUUUG